CCCCGCUCCCGCCGGCCCCGGCCCACGCAACGCGGCGGCGGCGGUGAGAGGGGGCGGCCCGGAGGGACCGCUUGGUUACUCGGGACGCCGCAGGUGGGCAAGUGCCUUCUUGUUGUGUGGUGAAAGCAGCACACAAUGGCUUACAGCGUGACUCUGAACGGACCUGGACCGUGGGGCUUCCGACUGCAAGGGGGCAAGGACUUCAACAUGCCCUUGACCAUCUCCAGAAUUACCCCUGGCAGCAAGGCAGCACAGUCACAGAUGAACCAGGGGGACCUUGUGGUGGCCAUUGAUGGAGUCAACACUGACAGCAUGACCCACCUUGAGGCCCAGAACAAGAUCAAAUCAGCCAGCCACAACCUGAGCCUCACUCUUCAAAAAUCUAAACGUCCAGUGCCAGUUUCAACCACAGCUCCCAGAAUUGACUCUCCUCGGGCUGUAAUCCCCCACCAGAAGGAACCUGCUUGGGAAAUCAAUGGCAACAGAACAACCUUCAGCCCUCUAACUAACACGGCGACUGGGCCUGUGGGUAGUGGUUUAGCAACCAAUGGAACGUUUUCAGGCUACCUCAACCAGCAAGAGAUCAGCUUUUCAAAUAGUUCUUCCUACUCAAAGACUACCACAGUUAGAUCUUCCAUGUCCUCUCAGUCUGUGACUCCUGACAUUUCACCUGCAAAGAGUACUCUAGGUUCCAAACCAAGCCCUGUGCUGGCUGGUGGCAAUAGCCCUGCACACCAGCUGAGCCCUGCAAGGCAGUAUAACAACCCCAUUGGCCUUUACUCAGCAGAGACUCUCAGGGAAAUGGCUGAGAUGCAUAAAUUAAGUCUCAACCGAAGGGCUUCAGAAGGUGGACUUCCUAGAGGUACCCUCCCUCUUAAAGACCCUCACGUAGACAGUGCCUCCCCGGUGUAUCAGGCUGUGCUGAAAACUCAGAACAAGCCUGAGGAUGAGAGCGAGGACUGGAGCCGCCGCUCUGCCAACCUGCAGUCCAAGUCCUUCCGCAUCCUUGCCCAGAUGACUGGAACGGAGUACAUGCAAGAUCCAGAUGAAGAAGCCCUGAGGAGGUCAAGAGACAAGGAAAAUGUUGCAGCAGCAUCAGAAAACAGUCUAAUUAGUACCCCUGUCGAGCAUGCUCCGGUGUCUACCAGUUCUGCUGCUCCUGCACCACAUGCUUCAGCACCUCAGCCUGCUGCUGCUGCUCAAAAUCCAGCCAGCCUGAUGACACCACCAGCAAGCACCUCAGUAGUGCAGGAGUCGUUCUCCUCCUCCUUCCAAAGUUUCAACCGGCAUUCUUCCACCUCCAUCAGCUACCAGUCACAGAAGAGAAACACAAGCCAGUCAUAUACACCAAUACCAGUUUCUGGAAGCUACGGUGAAAGUCCUGCUGCUUCUGGUACUUCAAAACCAAGAGUUGUUACUACUGCCAGCAUAAAGCCCUCUGUCUACCAGCCAGCACCAGCACCAGCACCAGUUCAUUCCUACACCCCAGCCAACACGGAGCCUGCAAGUCGCCCUCCCUGGGUAACAGAUGACUCCUUUUCCCAGAAAUUUGCACCUGGAAAAUCCACCACCACUGUCACAAAGCACAUCCUACCAAGGGGUGCUCCAGUGCCAUCUCCUGCCUCAACCUGUGCUUACCCAUCUCCAGUUCCAACUUCUUCCCAGCCUCCAAUAGCCCGGGGAACAGUUCAGAGGGCUGAGCGUUUCCCAGCCAGCAGCCGAACUCCUCUCUGUGGGCACUGCAACAGCAUCAUUCGAGGUCCUUUCCUGGUAGCCAUGGGUCGCUCUUGGCACCCAGAAGAAUUCAACUGUGCUUACUGCAAGACAUCCUUGGCUGAUAUGUGCUUUGUGGAGGAGCAGAAUAGUGUGUACUGUGAGCGCUGCUAUGAACAGUUCUUUGCACCAACCUGUUCCAGGUGCCACACUAAGAUCAUGGGGGAAGUGAUGCAUGCCCUAAGACAGACUUGGCACACAAGUUGCUUUGUCUGUGCUGCUUGUAAGAUGCCAUUUGGGAAUAGCCUGUUUCAUAUGGAGGAUGGGGAACCUUACUGUGAGAAAGAUUAUAUUGCUUUGUUCAGCACAAAAUGCCAUGGCUGUGAUUAUCCUGUUGAAGCUGGAGACAAAUUCAUUGAAGCUCUUGGACAUACUUGGCAUGAUACUUGCUUCAUUUGUGCUGUAUGCCACGUGAAUUUGGAAGGUCAGCCAUUCUACUCCAAGAAGGAUAAGCCACUGUGCAAGAAGCAUGCCCAUGCCAUCAAUGUUUAAAAGAAGAGUUGGUAGUCAGUAAUGCUGGGGUAAAACAGAUGACUAACUGGGCAAUCAUAAAGUUGAUAACCAUGGCUAGCAUUUCCCUUGGUAAAAGCUAGGCAGUUGGUACUUCAGAAGUUUAACUUUAUCCUCUUUCGUAAAUGCAGAACGUGCUUUUUUUGCAAGGUUCAUAUGAAAACCUACUGAAUGAACAGUCAGAACCAAAUGAACCAAUGAACUAGUCCAUUAUUAAAGCAGCAGUUGGGGAAAAUUUUGAAAUAAACCGAAAACCUUAAUAUAAAAAGUAAUGUGCAAAUACAGUUUCAAAUGAACUACCCACAGCAGUUUUUACUGCUUAGACCACACACUGGUGUUUAAAAACAACUGGAAAAAUCCUUUUGUAGUAAGUCAUUUUCUUUCACAGCAAGAAUGAGUAAGUGCCAUAUGUACAGUCAUCUGUAGAACCAAAGGCCAUAGCUUUCAAAGGGAAAUAAAUAGAUUAGGGCUUCCUCUAUGAAAGUGAGUGCUAUUCCAUUAUGUUGUGGUGCUACCUCAUAGCAUCAGAUAUUUUAGAUUCUUUCCAAAUAACGUCUGCCUUGAAUCUGGAUGUAGCUGGGAAGCCUAGGUGACAAUCCAUAACAGUUUGAAAAUGAAGUGGAAACAGAAUAACACCUCCCAUAACCCAGUAAGAUUGAGAAAAGCAUGCUGGGUCAGCCUUGCCAGGGCACUUGGCUUAUAUGUGUACAGUAGAUCAGUUCACUUUCAAAUCAUAAUGGAAAAGGGACAACUGGCUUUCUCCAAAUUGCUCUGACAUUGAAUGGAAUAGAGCUAUCUGGAAAGGCCAACUUUUAAUUUGAAAUCAGUUUUCCUUUCCUCUUGAGGAAAAAAAAAUUCAAAGUCUCUUUGGUUUCUAAUUCCCAGUGAUACCAGAGGGAGGUAGAAAUCUACAUCUGGACCUUCACAUUGAUGAAUACAGAAGAAACACAUCCAUCUAGCACAGCCAGGAAGUGGAAGAUUCCCUAUUCUAUCUCACAUAAUUAGGAAAAAGGCGGGUUUUUUUCCUAUAGUAAAUUAACAUUGAUUAAAAAUUCAUAAGGCAGCAGGCACACGCUCUCUAUUACUUUCCUUAGUUUAAAUGCAACACAUCAUUAAUUGUAGCAGUAUUUGCCAUUGUAAAACAGUAGUUAGGUUCUGACAAUUAGGAUAACCAUACAGUCACCUUUUCUAAGAACCAUACAGUCAUCUUUCUUCUAAUAUUUUAAGAACAACUUUCAAGUUGCUCAAACAGUUAUUUAUAGAACAUUUUUUUGGAUUUUUUUCAAAUGAGCAAAACUUGUAGUACUGAUAAUACUUCUGAAUUUUUAAAUAGCAAUUACUUUUAUACUGGAGACAGCAGUUCUGUCUGAUGGAGUUAAGAUGGAAAGUCUGAUCACUAUUCAAGUUUUAUUAACUCGUUUAAGUGAGAAUUAUGAUGUGUGUGUUGACAGCUUGCAGUACUGACAGUUUGGAAUUAGUAUUUCUGAGGCUGAGGAUGCAUUCUGUGGGCCACAUGCUGGUGCCAUCUGCACCUAUUUUACCUUGUGCUUUGAGCAACAAAAAA